AACGUUGUAGCAUUCUUGAGUAGUCUUUUAUUUAGUUAGCUAAUAUUAAUUUGAUUGGCCCCGUUUAAGCUAAAGCUAAAAGUUCCCAGGUCAUGGCAUUUCUUCAAAUUAUUGUUUGAACGUAUUCUAUGCUCAAAUUAAAUAUAUUGACAAUGGAUAAUUUACAACGACUCAGGGACAUCAUGGCCCUCUUGUUUUAAUACUUAACAUCGUAUUUUUACUUGUUAAUGUGGUAUUUAUAAGGUAUUAUAGGGGCAACAAUAGUAAAGUUUUUUUAAAAAAAAUUGCCUUCCUUUAGAUGGGCCAAAUACAGUCAGCCUAAACGUAACAUCACCAUACGAUGUGUUAGAAGGAAAAUCUCUGAUUAUACAAUGUAAGGCAGAAUGUUAUCCUGGAUGCUCCUACAAAUGGGUUAAUGUUACAAGUGGUUUAAUGAUGAAUACAAUAGGUGCUGAAAUGUAUAUCGGAACGGUAAACAAGUAUAUGACAGGAGAUUAUAAAUGCGAAGCUAAAAAUAAUGAUUCUUCGAGUUAUUUAAAAUCUGCAGAUAUUUCCAUCAGAAUUAGUGUUAAAGAGCGUACAUUUGUGAAACAGUUCUAUAUUGGAAGUCAUAUCAAUACGACAGUUGUUACCGUGGACGAGCUGGAAGUUGGCUUAAUAUUUACAUGUACAGUCAGUGGGGAUCCUGCUGAAAACAUCAAAAUAACUCAUCAUGGACAAAUCUUAAAAGAGGAACAAAAUGCAAGCUCGUUGAAAUUUAUCCACAAUGCAGUGAAUUGUUAUGAUAGCGGUGCAUUUGAAUGUGAAGCUAAAAGUAGGAACAUGGAUAUAUCAAGCAAAAGUAUAUCAAUGUUUGUUAGAUGUUCACCACGCCCUGUCCGGAAGAUUCGAGAAAAUAUCACAAGUGUACUAGAUGCACCUGUUACAUUGACAUUUGAAGCACUAGCGUAUCCUGCGCCUGGUCCGAAAGGAUUUACUUGGUACAAGCAAAGAGAAACAAGAUGGUUACAAAUUUUAACAAAUGAAGAUUUUCAAAUUUCAUCGUCCGGUUUAAAGACCAAUCUCACAAUAUUAAACGUUUCUGAGAAUGACUAUGGUCAAUAUCGUGUGACUUCGGAGAACGACUUUGGGUCUUACAAUCAAUAUUUUUAUCUUCUAAGGCAUGGACUAGCUUCUACAAAGGUCAGAUAUGAAGACUGUACAAGUUGUGACAUACUCACAAUUGGGAUAGUUUUAGGAACCAUCUGUUUUAUCCUUACAAUUUACGCAGCAUCAGUAACAAUUCUAUGGAAACGGAAUGUCUCCUCCUGUAAGAAUCAAAGUACCACAAUGACCAUGAAAGAUAUAGGCAUAGAAAGGGGCAUUCAAUUACAAGGACAAACAUCUUACGUCAAUGUGGCCAGUGCUUCAAACGACCAGGGCGGACAAGAAUGUUUACAACGCCACAUUGAAAAAAAAGCUACUUUUGAAGAAGAUCCAAGUAAAACACAGUAUACAGAUCUGGAUAACUUUUCACGGAAUAAAGGAGAUAAUGUGUACGACGCUAUCAAAAGAAAUUGAUAUCCUUGCUACAUAAAGCAUAACUAUAAACAUAGCAGCAUUUUUAAAUGAAAUUUAUAAAUGUUUGUUUUGAAAUAUACACGUAUUUACAUAUGGCUAUGCAUGUAUUUCUAUGUACCUCAUAUUUUCUUCGAUUCUGUUAAUAUGAACUUUAAGUUAAGUGUUAAAUCUACCCAAUUUUACAUUCUUAAAGAUAUUACCAAAAUGAUUGAUUUCAAGUUUCAAAAACACACUCCAAAACACUCCAAAACGAGAGUUUAUUUUGUAUCCUGUUUACUCAAAUAGGAGCAAUGUAUCGAUUUGUCACCAUACAAUACGCAUAUAAAUAUAGAAAACGGACUUUGGUAUAGAUUAUGAAGGGUACUUCAUUUUCUUACAUCUCUUUAUUUGCAUGACAUCACACUUGGACAUUCUUUUCUAUUUCUAAUGAUUAAAUCAAGUGCAUGUAUGAAAUGACACGUAAGACAGUAAUAAUUUAUUUAGUUUCAUGGUAAAAUGCUGUUUGGUGGAUAAGAUUUUCUUCAAGAUCAUCAAGUUAAUAUACAUGUAGAAUGUUUCGACCGCUAUUCUGCCGGGCAAAGAAAUAUGGGUUGUGCCAAACCUUACGAUGUUUGCUAUUUACUGACAAUACUGAAUACGUAAAUUGUCAGUUUUAUUUCAAAUAUACUAGAAGAGCUAUUUCAGCUGUUUAAAUCAUUAUCAAGUAUUUAUAUUGCUAUGUCUUUGGUAGUUAUUUUGCUGACAACAUAAUAUGUUUUAUAAACCCGUUUUCUUAUUUUGUUUUGAAGAAGUCAAAUGCGGUUUCACAAUAACACAAUGAAACUGUUUAACUGACUUAGCCUGCUGACUUCAGUAGCCCGACUCCAAAAGCGACUGGCACUUCAUAGCGAAGCAAUUGUCCUUCAACGUUCUUGUUGAAUCGCAUAUUGUAAUUUUUCGAAAUACUUCAUUUUAGUUUGUAUAUGUUAUGAACAUGUUUUAACAUUUAUUUUGAUAUACAAUGUAUAAUAUUUGCAAGUUAAUCGGAUUUACCUGUGUAACAAUAGAAAUAAAAAAAGCUUC